GAAAAGAAAAGAAAAGAAAAGAGAAAAAAAAAAAAAACUGGAAGUUUUAUAAUUUGCUUUGGUUUAUAAUAAAGUGGCGAUGGCUAUGGGAUGACGAUCCUAACUAAGAAAAUUUGUGUAUGAUCAGUUCUCGUACGUCGGGGCAUUCAGCGGCUAAUUGAAGCCAAUUCCCGGCUAUGGAAUUCUGGAGCUUUCUGUUGAGGUAAGAUUCUUGAUAUCUCGUCCACGGUAGGGUUGGUGGUUUUCGGUUUUGGUUUUGGUUUUGGAAAAUCUUGCGGAAUUGGGAUCUGUUUGCUUCAGAUCUGAUAGGGUUUUCAUUGGGGGAGUUCGGGGGUAAUCGAAUUGGGGUUUGUGGUAGCUGGAUUGUAUUGGGUUUGCUGGCUAGCUCAAUAUGAUUAUGGAGGGAAAUUUUGUAAUUUAGGGUUCUUGCUUUGGGGGUUGAUUCUCAUGGAGGACGGUGUGAGAUCUGGGGGACCAUCGGGGGUUUUGGUGAAGACUCGGAACUCGUCCGGUUGCUUAAUUGUUAGAAAGAAAGAGGAUGGAUUAGGGGGCGCCGGUUCUUCGGCCUCACGCUUGCUUCAUGCGAAGAAGGAGAAGAAGAGGCCUAGGUUGGUUUUGAGUGAUUCUGGGUCCAGUGAUGAGGUAUUGCUGCCCCAUCGUAGACGGGUUGAUCCUGAAACCAUUCGGGUUUGUAAUGGUUUGAAUUCUUUUGAAAAGGAUGAUAUGGACGAGACGGGAAGCAUCAGAAAGAAGGAUAGGUUGCAGUAUGUUAAGCGGAAUGAUGAUGUUCUGCUCAACAGGAUGGAUGUGGAUGGUUUAGGAAGAAAUAUGGGCACCUUAGAUGUCUUUGAUUUCAACGAGUACGAUGACCUCGACGGUGAGAUUGAGCAGAGGAAGCAUGUUAACGGCAGUGGAGAAAAGCGGUUUCUUGGUUCCAUGAACCUGCCUCAACGUGAAAUCAAGAGGGAAUUUGGAACCACUUCUAGUAGGCAUGCUUUGGUGGACAAGAGAAAGAAUUUGUAUGCAGAAAAAACCAAUACCUUUGAUCGGGAUAGGCCUACGAGAAAGAUUAACUUCGACACAGAUAGUGAUGGAGCUUAUGUCCCAACACCCUUGUUAAGGGAUAAGUUUAGGGGUCAUUCUGAUGAAGCAAUAAGGGUUCAGGGUAAAAAUGGAGUUUUAAAGGUCAUGGUAAAAAAGAAGAAGAAUGUGAGUGAAACUUCGGAUAUGUAUGAUCAUCGCAAAUUAGAAGAAAGUAGAAAGACUCUAAGGACUGAAGAUACUCCGAAGAGGAAAGUGUUAGUUGCUCCUUCAGUUUACCCAGAAACUAAACCUCAUGUGAAACAGAAUCCCUUUCCUAAGCCAGAGAAGGACCAUGCUGAUUUUCAAACAUCAGCAUCAACAAAAAAUGGAAAGGGUUGCAGUUGGGAUUCAGGUGAUAGCGGUGUAUCAUUGAAGCCCAGAAAAAAGGUUGUUGAAGCUCAGAAAUCUACGAAGAGGGCAAGCUCUGAAGUUGAAAAAAUUCCAUGUGAAGAGACUCCCCCAAGUACAGCAAAGGAAGGAAAAGCAAAACGAGGCAGUGGAACUGAGAAACAAAAGCUACGUGAAAGGAUCAGGGGAAUGCUCCUUAGUUCUGGCUGGAAAAUCGAUUACAGACCUAGAAGGAAUAGAGAUUAUUUAGAUGCUGUCUAUGUUAAUCCAACUGGAACAGCAUAUUGGUCAAUUAUUAAGGCUUAUGAUGCCCUUCAAAAGCAAUUAAAUGAAGAAGGAGCAGAGGCUAAACCCAGUGCUGAUGCUUCCUUUACCCCAAUCUCAGAUGAUAUUCUCAGUCAAUUAACCAGGAAAACUCGAAAGAAAAUUGAGAAAGAAUGGAAAAGUAAGCAGAGAGAUGAAAGUGACAGUGAAAAUGCCAAAGAAGCAAGUGCACUGAGAUCUGCUGGUACUAAAAAUGACGUGGACAGCAUGGACAGUGAUAGCAACGAAGAAAAAUUAAGCUCUUUCAUAAAGCAGGGUGGGAAAUCUAUUAAAAAGAAAUUGAACGAUAAUGGAUUUCCUAGUGUUGACUCAAAAGGUCAAAGUUCUAGUAAGUAUUCACGUGAUGCCAAUGCAAAACAUUCUUCUGGAUUCAGUUCACGUAUUUUACAUGGAAGAAAAGGUAGAAAGCUUGGAUUGUUAGUUCGUCGCUCUAGUAAGGGAUUAGAUUCAGAGAAUGAUGGUUUUGUUCCAUAUACUGGUAAAAGGACUCUGCUGUCCUGGCUUAUCGAUUCUGGGACUGUGCAGUUGAGCCAAAAGGUUCGUUAUAUGAACCGCAGACAGACCCGAGUGAUGCUGGAAGGGUGGAUUACCAGAGAUGGCAUUCAUUGUGGUUGCUGCAGCAAAAUCCUCACUGUUUCGAAGUUUGAGAUACACGCUGGAAGCAAACUACGACAACCUUUUCAAAACAUCUUUCUGGAAUCUGGGAUUUCUCUUCUGCAAUGCCAGAUAGAUGCUUGGAACAGACAGGAGGAAUCUAAACGUCUCAGUUUCCACACAUUUGAAAUUGAAGGUGACGAUCCGAAUGAUGAUACUUGUGGUAUAUGUGGAGAUGGUGGCGACUUGAUCUGUUGUGAUGGGUGUCCAUCAACUUUUCAUCAGAGUUGUUUAGACAUUCAGAUUCCUCCGGGUGAUUGGCACUGCCCAAAUUGUACCUGCAAGUACUGUGGAGUUGCUAGUGUUGAUACUUCUCAUGAAAACACUACCAAUGUUCUUGAGAUAUCUAGUUGCAUGUUAUGCGAGAAAAAAUUUCAUGAAUCAUGCAUCCCGGAGAUGGAUACUCAUUCCAAUGGUUCAGUCACUUCUUUUUGUGGCAAGAAUUGCAGAGAGCUUUUUGAGAAUUUGCAGAAGUUUCUUGGGGUGAAACACGAAUUAGAUGCAGGGUUCUCAUGGUCUCUUGUCCGUAGAACAAGUGAAGAUUCAGAUUCAUCUCAUCGUGGGCAUUCACAAAGGAUUGAAUGCAACUCUAAACUGGCUGUUGCAUUAACAGUUAUGGAUGAAUGUUUUUUGUCUAUUGUUGACAGGAGGAGUGGGAUAAAUCUAAUUCAUAAUGUUCUUUAUAAUAUUGGAUCAAACUUUUAUAGGCUGAAUUAUAGUGGCUUCUACACUGCUAUUUUGGAAAGGGGUGAUGAAAUCAUCUCUGCAGCAACAAUCAGGUUUCAUGGGACUAAGUUAGCUGAGAUGCCAUUCAUUGGAACCCGUCAUAUAUAUAGACGUCAAGGAAUGUGCCGUCGUCUUUUUCGUGCAAUUGAAUCUGCUCUCCGCUUACUUAAGGUUGAGAAACUGAUUAUACCAGCAAUUGCCGAGCUCAUGCAUACAUGGAAUGUUAUUUUUGGCUUUAUCCCUUUGGAGCAAUCACUCAAGCAAGAAAUGAGAUUGAUGAAUAUGCUGGUGUUCCCUGGAACAGAUAUGUUACAGAAGUUGUUAAUCGAAGAGACAAUUGUUGAGGAAAAUGCUACUACUGCCUCAGGUGCAAAGCAAACGAAUUGUAGAAGUACAGAGUUCAGUAGUCCUAAGAUGGAUGCAGAGACCUCAUCUGGACAGGAACCUCAAAGUUGUGACGACACUGAACAGCGUCACUCCAAGAAGACAACAAAUGAAGCAGCUGACACUAACCCGGAUCCUGAAUCCAUGCCUGGUUCUCCAAAUGAUACAUCUGUGGUGAAUAGUUCUCUGGACGCAUCUCGUGAAGUUAAAACUUCUUGCUUUCCAAUGGAAACGGAAAAUUCAGAUUCUGAUUCUGGUGAUAAAUUAGCUGAAUGUUCCCCCGAUGGGAAAUGUUCAUCCCCCUCCAACCCGAUGGGGAUCUCUCUUCCAACCAAAAAUAGGCCUGGAAUUCAGCAUGUUUCAGAAGACCAUUCGCAGUCCACUUCUCAAUGUAUGGCAGCUGAUACUCCUUCAGACAGUUUGCUUGAACCUAAGGUUACAGUUUCAGAUGAAGGAAUCAUACGUUCGAAUUCUCAUGCUGGCCACAAGUUGGUUGAAUCUGAUUCUCAGAAGAAAUCUUUCCCUUCUACUUUAGGCCAUGGUACUGAUGAGUUUGAAAACAACAUACCCGUGAUGGAUUCUCCUGAAUAUGAUAAGUGUUCGAAUAAGAUUAAUGGUCAUGAUUUUCGUGAAGACAAUGCCCAUGCUAAUUCUUUUAAACCUGCUCUUUGGGAUGAAAAUUUUGCUAAUGGCGUUGUCGGUGAAAAGCCACUUGUCUCUUCAUCUGGUCUGUGUGGCUCUAAUGGACGCCCCUCCGAAACUAUAUCUGAUGAUGGAAUUUGUGGCAGUGAAAAUUCUCCACAGACCUGUGGGGAAAAAGUCAGGUGAUUCACGGGAAGAGAGAGCUGAAUCUGGUUCGGUUUGAUAAAUUGAGGCUCCAUGUUGAUAUUUCAUCUCCAAAUUAACUGGGUUAUUUCUCAUGCGACCACUUGGUUGCUGGUUUGUGCAGGGCUCUGUUGCUAAAUGACUAGUGCUUAAAUUGAGAUGAGUUGCAAUAAUUAAUAUUGCUAUUUGACAGAAUUUAUUCAACUUUAUGCUGUUCGGUGUUAGAUCAUAAUCCACCUUCGGUGAUAGUUAACACGAUUUUUUCAGCCCUGGAGUUCUACAGAUGUGCCCUUGAUGGAAGUAGCAUGGUUCAAUUCACUGCCCAUCUCUUCUGAAAUUGCUGCUCUGAAACACGAACUCAUUCAUCAUGCUGGCUAGCUUGGAAGAUCAGACUUCAUGAUAUGGCCGGAACUUGGGACCGACUUCAGUUAGUAGGUUCAAGAACUCUCCAAACCGCAGCAUCUUUUUGUUCUUGAAAUGGAGCAUUUCCAUUCUUAAUCAGGGUGAAGCUAAUCUCUUGGAUCAUAAUCUUCUUGUCUAAGUAUCUGCUAUCUGCUGCUCAGCCUUUUCGACGAACACAACCACAACAGAGGUAGAGAAUUUAAAAUUCCGAGACGUUUUCAAGUUGUCAAGGUUUUCUUGUGGGCUGUUCCACAUAAAUAUAUUGAUACUCAUUCAUAUUACUCGUAAGAAUGAUAUGAGAACAGCACCCUUGGGUGUAUUGGCUGUGUUUGCUGGAAUGACCAGGGCUUGUCACCUCAUUUUGCUGCAGUCAGUCAGGGGCAUCAUCUAAUUCUCAGAAAUUUCAGCAUCUUCUUGGAAGCUACAACGCUGCCAACCAUGAGUGUUUAGGGUUGGUUUGGUUAAAAUGUGUGAAGGCAAAGGGUCAACAAAGAUAAUAGCUUUUAGUGAGAGUUAGAAUAGGGCGUCCAUUGUUUACUAACUGUUGUUAUUGGGAAUUACUUGUAAUUAUCUGGUGCACAUGUAUUUAGUUUGAACUGCUGGCUGAGGCUAGAUUUUGUUCCACUUUUUUCUCGAACCCC